AUGAUCGAGCCGCUCAGCCCCGCCACCACACCGCGCGACCGCACCACCACGCCGCCGCCGCCCUCGCUCGAGGUCCUCCCCGCCGCCGAGCACCGAGCCGUUCGCCCAUGGUCCCGCCUGCCGGCCGAGCUCAAGCACCAGAUCGUCGACGAGGUCCUCCAAGACGUCGCCCACGACUCGGCCGAGGCCGAGCGGCUGGAUUCCGCACUCGCAGUCGGGUUCUUCGAGGAGCGCGACGAGCGUGAGCAUGCGGCUAAAGACGGCGCCACGCGCAAACGCCUCGAGCUCGCGCGGCUGCAGGCGGUCGUGCGCGACUUUCGCUCGAUCUGCCGACCCAAGCUGUGGCAGCGAGUCGACUUGAACCCGUGGCGCUCGGACAACCUCGACGUCGUGCUUGGCGCCGUUCCGUUCGUGGCGCCAGCGGUGCGGCGCGUCGACUACAAGGACAUCAUCGCCAGCGACCACUAUCUGCUGGACAGCCUGAAGUACCUCGAAUGGCAAGCGCGUGCGCUCGACGCGCUCAAGCGCUGUACCGCCGUCGAGACGCUCGUCCUCUCGGAGACGCACGGCGACCUGUCCGGCGGUGCCCUGCCCCGCCUGCGCACCCUCGACCUCGACAAAAGCAACCUCAGCCACGCCGACUUGGCCGUCCUGCGCGAGCAGAGCGCUCUCACCUCCCUGUCGCUCGCCUUUUGGGAGAUCGACGGCGUCAGCGACGGCACCAUCGUCGACCUCGUCGCGAGCAUGCCCGGCCUCCGGCACCUCGCCGUCCGGUGCGACUCUGUCGCCAUCAAGGAGCUCCUGUUCGUGCCGGCCGGCCUCCUCAUCGAGACGCGUCUCGAGUCGCUCGAGCUCGCCGUCGACACGGGCAACGUCGACCUUGCCGCCGUGCACGCGUUCCUCGCCCUCUUCUCGUCGAGCCUCGUCAAGCUCAGCCUCGAGCUGCGAGGGUCCGCCCUCGACUGGUGGCCCGUCCUCUCCUCCUCCUCGCACAUCCACCUUCCGCACCUCACCUCGUUCGCCGUCGGCGCCGACUUCACCUCGGCCUUCUUCCUCCACCUCGACCUCCCCUCCCUCUCUUUCUUCCGCCUCGACCUGUUCCCCGCCCUGUCGGACGAGCCCAGGGACCUCGUCUCGUUCCUCAAGGCGCACCAGGCGACGCUCGAGCGCGUGCAUCUCUCGACCGACGCCAUCUCGUGCGAGCUGCACGUCGGCGGCGACUACGAGGGGCUCGAAUUGUCGGACGAGGCGAUCGGCGCCAUCGAGGGUGCGUGCGAGGAGAUUGGGUGCGAGGUGACGAGCGGGGACCAGGGCGAGGAGCCGGACGAGUCCGAGUCCGAGUCCGAAGUUUGCUUCUGCCGCGCUUGCCGUCGCGAGUCGUUGUCGGACGACGGCAGCGAGGACUGGUAGAUCGUUCGCGAGUGGAUCUGUGCAGCAUUUGUCCGU